AUGACUGCGUUCGUCGUCUACAUCGUGAAGAGUCCUGCAGUGCAACAGGCAUUGAGAGAGCGUUAUCCGGUUGGCCGCCCAGUCCGUCGGCACCAGCGUGUUUAUGGCAGAGGAGUUUCUCGGGCCCUCCAGCUGUCCGGAAGAGCAGACGACGCCGUUGUCUGCCGCCGGAAGUCCGAUGCCACUGCACGUAGUAGACACCACUGUGAUGCCUUUCUGCAGCGUCGAGAAGCCGUCAACCGCUCGGUCCGACACGUAAGUGCAUUUACCUAUAGGUUUAAUCAGAAAUUAAAUAAUGUUUUUUUUGUAUUGCCGAUUGACCGAACACAUUUAAAUAUUGGAGAAAAAGACAUACUUUAUUUUCGAAAUUUGAUAAGGGUAUUCUGA